CUGCGCAUCAAAGUUUUCAAUUUUUUGCUCAGCAGCCAUGAAAAAUAUUACUUUUUAUUGCGCAGUUUUUUUAUUAAUCUACACGAAUGAAAUUCUGGCACCGAAAUCACCAUCACCACUAAAGCGCUCGCAAUCAAUAAAUUCGAAAGAAAAAGUAAAAGCAACUCGAGUUCCCACUGAACCUUCAGAGAUAUCGACACGUUUAAUAGAAAUAAAUGAACGUUUAGAAAUUAAAGGUGAAGUAGAAAAAGUCCAUCCAACAAAAAAGGAAGCAUUAUGGAUUUCCAGAUUCAUAACAACCAUCACAAAUUGGCUCACAAUAGCCACUGAAGUUGCAAAAUUGGACGCUUAUCAAAAAGCAUAUUACGAAUUAAGCAAAGAAAUGUGGGAUGAAUGUGUAAAAGGUGAUGAAAAAACUCCCAUUCAAAUGGUUUACCUUAAAGAUGGUUCGGACCCAGAAGAAUAUUACGCGUACAGUAUUAUACCACAUUGGAUCUGUAUAUCCGGCGCUGGACUGGGCAAAGCAACGAUCAAAUUUCUACAAAUUCAUUUUGAAAGAAGUAAAACACCAAUGGAAACACCCGAUGGUCAAAUGGUUUUCAGAAAAGAUAAAAUUUACGACACGAAAAUUGAAUUAUUUUUUCCCUGGGUUGAUGUUCGACUCGAUAACGAAAUUGUUCAAUUUGGUGAAGAACGAGAUCCGGAAGAAGAAAUUUUAAAAAAUGGCGUGAUAAGGUUCAGCUUAUUCGACGUCAAGAUAACCAUGACCAAGCAAUUGACAGAAAUUGAUAAGCGAUUCAUAAAGACAGAUCCUGUAACCGGUUUGACAUAUUACUUUCGAUCACCAAAAUUAACAGAUCUACAAAUGUCCGUCGGCAGCGUUCAACGUUACCACAACCAAAUACAGAAGAAAAGAAGUCCCGAAAAAGGAGAAUACGUCGGCAAAGGGAUUAAUUUAGCCAGAGCUGAAAAAAUCAUAAUCGAGCUUACCGAAUUAUACAGCUCUGAAGAAGGUCGCAAAGAACUAUGCGAUCGUUUGAUACCAGUUUUGCUGAACAAAGACGCCGAAGCGGCAAUGACAGCUCCGGAUGUUGUAAGCAUUGCUAAACACAUGGUCCUAGUUUGGCACAAUACCGUGCCUAAAAUUCCACCAGCGACAUGGACAAGUGAUGAAAUAAAAUUAUGGCAAGAGGCUUUUUAUGCCGGCUACAGUACAACAGAUUUGGUUACGAAGGCGCUCAAUUUUCUCCUGGUUCAUUUUCAAAAACUACGUACUGGUAAAGGCAAAGAUAUCGAUGUUCUCGGAACUGGACCUCCUAAAGAAUACAAUGUGGCUGGUUUGAGCGUACACGAUGACGGAUUCGAUUACACGGAAACUAAUCUAGUGGAUACAGAAAGCAGUUAAGCAGAAAUGGUGAUUAACAGAUCGUUGCUGGUAAAAAUUCCAAUAA